AAAUCUGAAUUAUAAUUUCGGGAACGCUAACGUCGCGGUCGUCUUUGAGUUUAAAUAAAAACACAAGAGGAAAAAAAAGAAGAAAAUAAGUGAAUUAUAAAAUUGCUUAAGUAAUUGAUUCUGUUGAUGUGUUUUAUGAGUUGACUAGCCAUGACGAAAGUGCUCGAUCCUUCUCUAAGUGGAAGUGUAUUGCCAAAAUACCAGGAUAUAAUGGAUUAUCACAAUGUGAGUAUAUCAAGUUUGGACUUAAACUAUUUAAAAUGCUGUUGUUUUUAUUGUGUGAAAGUGUGCACUGAGUAGGUGCACUGAGUAAGUGCACGUGUUGCAGCUGCAGGACCUAAAUAUUGUAUCGAGCCACUUUGCAAGACAUAACCUGACAUAGGGACACAGGUUACUCACCUAAUUCUAACAAACGCAUCAAUGUCGAAAUCUAAUUUACGUAUCCCAUUUUUAAUGAGAAAAAUAAAGCUACACAAAACAAGACAUACGAUCUAAAGAUCUUAAGUGAAUUUAAAGGAGCUUUACACAACGCGGUCCUUGUGAGCAAUGCAAGUUACUUCUGCGCACGAACUUAACAAUGAUUAAUUCUGUGUUCAAUCCCGAAAUGCUUGACAAUAUUUGUUCCAUACAAACGCUAAAUUUUGAAAUGUUAUGAUUGUUUACUUUGGUAUUUACAUUUUGAUGUCAAGCCAAACACGUUUCGAGAAAAUGCCUGUUGGGCACCGAUUAGGGGAGGGGGGAUACGGCGAUCUACUGAAAACGUAUAAUAUUAAUUUUUUUUUUUUUUUAAACAAGCUUGCAUUCUUUUUAAGUAAAGAGCUUUGUAUUAUUAUCGUGUUAUGAAAUAUAUUUUAAACUCAAUUUUUUAAUUUUUUUUUUUUUUAAAAUAAUUUAAAAUUAAAAAGUUCAAAUUUUUUUUUUUUUUUUUAUUUUUUUUAAAAAAUUUGACGAUUUUUUAAAAAAAAAAAAAAAAAAAAAAAUGUUAAGUGAGGCCAGGGAAGCUGACGAGACGCCGCGCGCUGAGCCAGCCCAGUGAUGGCUGGCGGGCUGGCGGACGGGAAUGCUUUGACCUAGUUCGGGUCGUUAUCGAGGUCAGUUGCACAACGUCAUAUGCCGCAGUCGAUGGAUCAUUCUAGUUAUUGGUGCGCGCUGUUACCGAGUUCGUGCGCUUGUCACCGUAGAAUGCAAGUGAGAAUGGCGCCAAUUUAUGAUAGACCACUGAAGGUACUUUGAUUUUUUUUUCUACUUGUGAACAUUUAGAUCUAAGCAAGAACGCGUCUGUAUUAUUUUUGCUUCGAUUUUAGUUUCACUUUUAAAUUAUGUUAACAUAACAUUGAACUAAUUGACCUUUGACUUUGAAGGGGGAAAACAACAUUUCAUUGUCUUCUUAGCUUUGAAUAACCUUGUUUUGAACCGGCGAAUAUAUAUACAUAUUUAAAUAUCACCAGUAUCAACUGCAAACUUUUAAAAUGUGAGUUUUGAAGACAGACUAGACAUAUUGGACUUGCGGCAUAUCCAUUUAUCUCUUUCUUUUUUUAAUAAUUACUUUUCGUCCGAAGUUUUAUAGUUCCCCCCUUCCCCCCCCUUCCCUCCCCCCCCAACCCCCUAUUUCAUGGUUAUAGGCUUGCCAGUUAAGUUGAACUUUUCAUUUUCGAUAACUUCAUUCACAAAUCAUUGGCUCCCUUAUAUGUGCGUCCUUGUGUUUAUUUGAUAAGUUCUAACGUGUUGCACCGGCUGUAUACACCGAUGCGUAUCGAUUAUGAUGACUUGGUAAUCGGAUUAGCAAGUACACCGCAAUCAUACCCAGGCACGCGAGCCUCAUGACUUAAUGCCGUAGUCUUGUGGCAGUGGUCGUAUAAAGGCGCCGGUUGUCCUGUCGGUGCCAUCAGUCUGUCCCAAUGUCAGUACUUCACUGACCAUUUAGACGCUGGUCUUCUUAAUACCUUUUAUGCCCUGAUAUAUAUAUUUUUUUUGUUGCCAAAGUUUGUUUCAUAUUAACUCAGUUGAGGAAUGGAGCUGUCCUAUGUUGAUUAUUUACUGGUGCGUUGGGUGUCUGUGUUGUUUCUUUGGAUUCUGUUUCAGUUUUUUUUUAAUAUUUUUAUUUAAGUAUCUAUUAUGUUAUGUCUUCAAAAAUUGGUUGUCGUUUCUCGUGAGUAUUUCAAUAACGAUUUGUCUUUCUUCCCUUACCAGAACUGGACGGAUGUUGAGAAUUUUCUGUAUCCAGACAACACACCAUACGAGACAAGUAUGAUGAACAUCCUGAACGACAACGCAAUGAGGAGCUCCCCGCUCUCGCCCAUGCCGACACCUGACUCCCCCGGGGCGCCAAACUCGGUGUGCAGCUCAUCCAGCAGUGCCUUCUCCAGCCCAAACCCUUACAGCCCCCACCACGGACCCAUGUCCAUCGGCAGCCCAGGUUCUUCCAGUCAGGUGAGCAGUGGGAGCCCGGCGCCCCAUGAAAACAUUUACGACGACCUGCUGGACUUGGACUUUAUUCUCAACAACACCGCAGAGAGGAGCAUGUACGAAGAGGGCAACGGAGCCGCCAAGGUCAAGCUGGAGCCAGGCCACGUGACCUCUGAUGGUCUUCCCGAUUUCUCCUCAACAUUUCUGGAUAUUCCCGAUAUCAAGUUCGACGAUGAACUGAAUAAUAACAUGCUCAUGAUGAACUGCACCUUGACCGGCACUGGCAUGACAAAUUUGUCAGGCUCCAAGGUCAAUACACAGAAUUCACCUCUGCCCAAGACAAUGAUGCAGCAGCAGCAGCUCCUCAACAGCACCUCCAUGCCCGAGUUCAAACUCCCUAAACACGAAUUCCCCCCCAUGCCUCAGUCGUGCACCUCCUACAGAGGAACCCUGACUGCCCUCCCCACAAACCAGCUCUCUCCUCAAAAUCCUCACAUGGUCUUCUCCAUGCACGGCAGCCACCUCUCCCCUCCCUCCUCACCGGAUAACCAGGACCAGGCCAGGCACAACCUUAAAAUGUCCCAGCUGCCCCCCAUGUACCCGAUGGGCCACCCCCAUCAACAGAUGGUCAUGAGGCCCCAGCACAUGAUGGCCAAGAUGUCUCCCCACCACCAGCACCCCUCCCACAUGGCCCCUCACCCCGGAUCCCACCAGCUGAUCACGCCCCCGUCCUCCCCACAGCUUGACCACCUCCUCAUGCCCCAACCCCCCAUGGACUCGGCCGCACAGCCCAAGAAACGGGGCCGUCGCACCUGGGGCCGCAAGCGCCAGACCAGCCAUUCCUGUUCACACCCUGGCUGCAACAAAACCUACACCAAGAGUUCCCACCUGAAGGCUCAUCUGCGCACACACACCGGUGAGAAGCCCUAUCAUUGCACGUGGAAAGGAUGUGGUUGGAAAUUCGCACGCUCUGAUGAACUCACGCGUCAUUACAGAAAGCACACUGGCGACAGGCCGUUCCAAUGCCAUCUCUGCGAGAGGGCCUUCUCAAGGAGCGAUCACUUGUCUCUGCACAUGAAGAGGCACAUUUGAAAUGAACAAUGAAUCUUUUGAGAAUCCCUGUGAACUUGAACAGAAAAGCUUGUUUUACAAACAGCUAAUCUCAAAGUGAGGCUGAGACUGCAUUCCUAAGCCAAUGCUAACUGACACUGGAGACCUGCAAAAGAACUUUUUUUUCCCCCUGCAAACCAUCGUUAUUGUAUAUUCUUCAAUGAGAAAAUGGCUGGUUUUAAUUUGUUUGCCUCUGUUAUUUUGUUGAAAUCUUUUCUGUACAGAGCUUAGAAUUAAAACUUGGUUUGAGUUGUAAACCAGCGUGAGAGAUUCCCGAUACCGGUAGACAGUAGCCAUUGUCCUAAGACACCUGGCUGCAGAAGCGUAAUCUCACCUGGUUGAAAAGAUGCAUAACGAUAAUUGGGUCAAAAGAUUUCUCAAUGUCCAUUUCCUAUUUAGCAGCGCCUCAGUCGCUGAUGUCCACCACCACACGACGCCUGUUCACCUGAUCAUCGUCAGCUUUCAUUCACUCUGAUUUGACUGGUUCGAAUCAGUUGUUUUUUUCUUUUCUUUUUUGCUCUUGUUUUGUAAUAUUAAACUUAGCUAAUGAUUCAUCCCGACUGUUACAUUUGUCAACUUGGCUGGUUCCAAGAAGACAAUUCAUUGUAAACUUUUUUUUUUUUUUUUUUAAAUUUCCCAUGUUAUUAUGAUUACAUUUUGAUCACGCUUUUAACCCUACUUCCCCCCCAAUGAAGGAUUGUGUGGGUGCCAAGACAAUUUGGCAGCUAACCCCCCACCUUGCUAGGUCUCCAGAACGCUUGUGCUGGUUGGCUGGUUCCUAGAAGACAAUUCAUUUUAAUUUUUUUUUUUUUUUUUUAAAUUUCCCAUGUUAUUAUGAUUACAUUUUGAUCACGCUUGUAACCCUACUUCCCCCCCAAUGAAGGAUUGUGUGGGUGCCAAGACAAUUUGGCAGCUAACCUCCCACCUUGCUAGGUCUCCAGAACGCUUGUGCUGGCCAUGUCACACAAAGCCGGGAGCCAGUGGAGGUGAAAAGUUGCUCCAGAUUUGAUUUCAGUUAUAUAUAUUUUUUAUUGUUCUUUGUUUUUUUGUUUUUUUCAAAUUUAUCUUGCAUAAAGUCUCUGUACUUUGACUUUAGAUUACCAUGCACUUUCAAAGUAUUUUUUUUUUAAGAAACAGUUAUUGUAAGCACAAAGCUAACAUAAAAAGAUUUUUUCAAAUUGUUUUAACAUAAUUUUAUUUGAAAAUGGAUACACAUUUUUGUAAUGCUUUUUGAAAGAGUUUAUCAACAAGUAUUUCAAUACAUCUGCUGUGCUACUAUUACUAUUAGGACAUUUUAAGAGGUGUGUUUUUUCUUUUUUAAUUAAACAACUAUGUUAAACAGUUUUUCUUUGUACAUACUAAUUUUGGUCUCCAGAUGAUAUCAAAUUAUAUACUGUACCAUAAUAUGCCUAGCACUUGCAUGGACCAUGUAUCUACACUAAAAUCUUCAAGUUUAUUGAAUUUUUUUUUUUUUUUUGGCCUUUCAUUACUUGCUUACUUUGAUUGUGUUGAUCACAUACAAAGCUCAGUCAGUCAUAUGAUUCCCCCCCACCACGGCCAAUGUUCAAAUGUACUGCAGUUUUGCAGAGAAGUACUAAAAAGUGCUACAAUAUAUACAUACAUUUAUAAAGUAGAAGUAGUAGUUCCCCAAUACAUAAGAUUUUAAAUAUUUAUUUUCAGUUCAUAUGAUUUUGCCAGCUGGGUUGGUUCAAUUGGUAUUAAUUUGAUUCAGCAUUUAUUGUAGAUGUCUAGGGUAUAAUUUAGCUGAAUAAAAAAAUAAUCAAACUCUCUUAGAAAUAAAUUAUUAAUUUUAUAUUCAUUCUUUUUAUUUUUAAAUUUUGUUUUAGAGAUAAGUUACAUUGUAUUUAAAUUAAAAGUUAAAAGCAAUAUUUUUUGUUCAAAUAUCAUUUGGUCAGUAUUACAUUAGAAUUUUUGUCAAAAAGUUAAAUUUAACAGCAACAUUUUAUUGUGCCCUGGCCUAUAUGUCAGUGUGUGAAACACCAGCCCUAAACAGAAGUAGGACUAUGAACAGGUAUAAAAAUGUCAACAAAUAUUGUUAGCUUGUGAUAAAUUAAGUGCCAUAUGUUAUUUGCUUCUGUGCUUUGACAACUUUUCAAAUUAUCUGCCUUGAUUAAUACAGCCUCAAUCUGGCAACAAGAGAAACAUCCUGGCUUAUUUUCUAUUCAUGCUACACUAUGCCAAGUUUUUUAAUGAAUUUUUUGCAACUUCUGUAAAUAAGAAGCUUAUUUUAUUUUUUAUUUUUUUUUUUUGCUCUUAGAAAUAAUUAUUUUAACUGCUAGCUUAAUCAGAUGUCAUAUUGACUACUAGCUUGUCAUCUGUCACAUAAUGUCACAAACACCUUACAUGCCUUACCAUGGCCAAUCUGGAUUGUCACUUCUCUCUUACUUUGUUUAAAACUCAUCACACUUUGUGAUAUAUGAAGGAUUGAUGUGGCUAUGUAAUUAUUAUUAGCAAGGUUUACUAGUUUACCUCGGUACUGGAUACCAGACAAUUCAAUUAAUUUUUUUUUUUAGUUGGAAUACUCAAGUACUAGGAACGAAUAUUCAAUUAUUUAUAUCAAGGAUUCCCAAAAAGUUUAUUUUUGGACCCAGCUGUGCUGUGGGUUUUUUUUUCCUUUUAUUUUAUUGUGUAUAUGUUAGAAAAUGAUCACUUGUAAUAAUAAAUUAAUCGAUUGGAUGUAAACCUCCUUGCCCUUAGCCCACCACCAAUAUGCAAUAUUAAUAAAUAUAAGAAUGAUGAGAAAGUCAAAUUGAUUGAUAACUCUAAGAAAGGUAUACAAUGUCUUCCAUGGAUGAACAUUAUUUUUUUAACCUUCAUUUUAAAGAAUAUCUUCCAAAGAAAUAUUCGGUUAUUUUUUUCCCCCUUUCUUUAGAAUUGUUUGCUUCCA